AUGCACUCCAUACUGAUUUCUGGCGCUGCAAGUGGCCUCGGAGCAGCGUUCGUUGCUGCCUACGCGCAGCAGCGAGACGUGAACAUCAUCGCCAUCGAUCGACGGCAAUUCGAGCCGGCCAAGGCUAACAUUCGCACCUAUGUCGUCGAUAUAGCCAGCCAGGAUUCGAUCAAUCAAUUUGCCAAAGCCAUCGAAAAUGAAUCAAUCUCUGUCCUGAUUCACAGUGCUGGAAUACGCGGCCUUGUCCCUGCCGUUGAAGAUGAGCAUCCGGACGAUGUUCACGCUUGCGAGACUUUGCAGGUCAUGGACUUCGAGACGAUGACCAGGGCAUUCACAGUCAACACCACAGGCACCUUCAUGCUUCUCAGAGCACUCGUGCCGCAUUUACGUCGUGCGCACGGCAAAGUUAUCGUCAUGAGUAGCCGAAUGGGCAGCAUUGGCAACAACCAACAUCCGAACAAAGACGCUGGCUCAGCAUACGCGUACCGCGCUUCUAAAGCAGCUUUAAAUAUGGUCGUCCGCUCGUUCGCUGCUGACGAGCCCGAGGUCGUCUUUGUCCUGUGCCAUCCUGGCCGUGUGGAGACCAGUCUGGUGAGAUGCGUGGAGCGUGGUGCGAUCACUGCCGAGGAAAGCAUUGCUGCUAUCCUGCCAUUAGUAGAGAAGUGGACACACCUGGACAGCGGCAGGUUCUAUGAUCGAUUCGGCCAAGCCAUUGAAUGGUAGACCAUCCUAGGGUAUAUAAAUAUUGCAGACGAUAGCCGAAUGGUUCGCGCAGACUCUGAAU